AUGGUUAAGAGAUUGUUAGAAUCUGGUCAACAGGAUCAAGCCAAACGAAAAAUCUCAAAGGGCGAGAAGAAAGAUGUAUCAUUAUAUGAGGAGGAAGAAGCAGAUGAUUCUUUUGAUAGUUUCUACCAGGAUGAACAAGAUGACCUGAGCGAUAUCGAUUGGGAAGAAGUUUCUUUGGAUGGAAGCAUAACUGUCACAUUUGAUAAUAUACGCAGGGAUAAAGGGGAAGUAAACAAGCGCAAAAAAAAACCUAAUGAAAAAGCCUUUAAUUAUCAACGACUUAAAUUUGGGCUACACUUGGUAAUGAUGCCAUUUAUGCUAUUUUUUUUGAAAGCUAGAAUGAAAUGGAUUGAGGACGAAAGACUAAAUAGGCGAUUAAGAAGAUCGGUACCAAAAUUAAUCGGUAAGAAAUUCAAAGAUUGGGAUGCAAGGGAUCCAGCCUUUAAAAUGACUUCUUUAAGGACACUCUUGCUUGGUUUAGUUUUGUGGUUUCGUUCCAACUACAAAAUGAAUAGCAAUGGUAUUAGACAGAAUUUCAACAGAUUGCAAUAUCUAUUAAGAUAUGCCAAUAGUCAAAAAGAAAGUUCAGCUUUUGAAUACACAUAUAAAGAAGUCUUUGAAAACCAACAGGAAUUCUAUGGAAACAGGCCAUUGGUAAAUCAUGGCAUUGAAGAUAUUCGCAAGAUGGCUAAGAGGAAAAUGGCCAACAGAGAUAUUCUAACGUUGUUCUUCUUGAUUAUCUUAGACAACGUACUACCGGGACCUAAGAAGCUUUACUUAUGCUUUGCCUUGCCCUUACACGACUAUGACAUCAGGUGCAAUAGGGUCAAAUGGCAAAUCGAACAUGGUAUUGGCAAAGUUCCGAAUAGAUUUGACUCUGACCUGAUACAACCUUAUUUUUGGAUUGAGUUAGAAUUUCCUACCUUAAGCGACGGUGAGCUGUACAUCAUUGACCCUAUAGCCCAUCUGGAUGAACAAGAGAUGGUCUUGAAAACACGCAAAGAUCGGUUUGUUCCUACUUAUCAACCUUCAGUGGAAACGAAGUACAAUCUAAACCAAAAGUUUCAUUAUGUGAUCCAUAUAGAUUGCACUGAAAAGUUAUUAGAAGACGUUUCACCGAGAUAUGUGCCAAAUGUUUGUUACAGAUACUUUGAAUUAUCUGAAUCUUCUCCCAUUUUGAAAUCGAAGCAUUAUGCCAGCUACCAAAACUUAUCUAAGUGGCUGGAAAUUCUGAACAAGAAAAAAGUAUCCUUUCCUCAUGACGCACUAAUGAAAAGUAUCGCUCUAUCCAAUUUUACGUUUCCAAAAAGUGUGGCAGAUAUUAAAAAAACAGAUAAUUUUUUAAUUCCCUCCCUGUUAAAGUCCAAUGAAGUAUUAAAACCACAUGCGAAACAAGCUGCAACAUUUACUAGGGGAGAAAAUUCAAGUGAGCCCAUAUUUUGGAAAAAAGACGUCAUUCAAUUAAAGAGUAGACAGCACUGGGCAAUAUUGGGGCGUUCCGUUUUACCUAAUGCUCAACCAUUAAAACGUAAGAAGCAUUUACCAAUGAGGGAAAGGAUGGUAAGAAAUCUAGACAAAUAUGUUAUCAAAGAAUUGUUUUCGUAUGAGCAAACAAUGAAGACUCCAAAAUACCCCAAUACAUAUUGCGAUCAUCUAGGACACGAACAUGUGAUAACGGAUUUAUCACAUUACAAGAAUAAAUUUGGAAACAUUGAAAUUUACUCGAAGGAAACUAAGCCUGAUGGAUUUGAAUUGAUCCCGCUCAGCGAAGAAGUUGAUUUCAAAUGUCUCAUAAAGCGCUACAACAAAGGUAAGAGAAAGGCGCAAAAAAUUGAGUAUUUGGAUGUAGUAAGUGGAUUCGAUUUCAAACAGAAAAAGGGCCAUGCCAUACCCAAAAUCGAAAGCAUCCUAGUCGAAGAGCGUGACUUCAAGUUAGUUCAAAAUUUGAAACGGCAAACUAAAUUACUACUAGGACUCUCCUUCUGGGACAUUCUACUAAGAAAGCUACGAGUUAAAGAUCGAUUAAACGCUGAGUACGGCAAUCUUGGAGAUAAUCUUGGAGAUAAUGACCAAGUGUGGAAAGACCAUUGA